GCAUUGCGUGGCUUCUCUCUCACCCUCUAUAAAAAUAGUACAGUAUUCUCAAGGGAAACCCGGAGAUUCAAAUACAAAUUCAGAAUCAUCUUUACUCAAUUUUUAAAUCUUCAAUGGAACUCGUUUCCAUCACCUUCUCCUCUUUCUUUCAUAGCCUAUUCGCUAUCUAGUUUCGAAUUCCUUUCCCCUCUUUCCGUUUCCUUCCAAAUAAACUGUAAAUAAUUAAGGAACCGGAUGAGGUUUUUAUUGGAGUUCGUUUCUUGUUGUGCCACGCCCGAAAAGCGUGCGUCGGAAUCUUCAGUUCUGGCCGAGGAUGAAGACAGGUGGCUAGUUCCGGCGCCGGUUGUUUCUGUUGCCUCUGCGUCUUCUCGGACUCGAUUUCGUAAGAAGCAGAGGAAGGCUGGCGCGCCGGAUUGGAGGCCUUCGCUAGGACCGAUCUCAGAGGACGUCGUCGUGCCGCCGAAAGCCGCCACGAUUACCCCCGGAAGGGAGGCGAAGAAGAAGACUUCCGCCCGCGGUGCCACAAAGGUUUAUCGCCGUAGCUACAGCGACGUUUAUCAAGGGUCAUCAUCUCCCGUGCCUACAAUUAUGCCAGCUUUCUCUCCAACGCCAUUCAUGUUCUGAAUAUUGAUUUUUUAUAUGCGAUGAUGUAAAUUAUAUAUUAAUAUAUGCUGCCUAGGUAAGAAUAUUGUUAAGGUGCCAUCUUGUAAUUAAAUUAAUGUAAUCCUGUAUCACUUACAGAAGUACUCAUAUUUUACUCGUAAAAAAUAUAAUGUAAAAUAUAAGUUGAUUUUUUACCUAGUGUCGCAACAUUAGUUGGCACUGA